UAGACUAUUUUACGAUGGGAGACGCUUGGUAUCCCAGCUACGUCAGUAUUUUGUAGUGUGUCGACGAUUCGUCUGCAUUACGGUCCUGUCCGGUAUUUUAAAAACUUUCGUUGGUCAACGUGCUCGUGAUGGUAUGUGACUUGGCUGGUUAGUGAUCGCUGAUUUAUCGUAGCAUUUACUUCCGUCCAUCCGUCGAUUUCAAGAAGCCUCACAUUUUCUAUUAAAGCAUACAUUUAGAAGCUUUAGCUACAGGAGGUCCUACCUGCAGCGUUAUUGCCUUGAAGUGUCCAGAGAUCCAAGUGACCGUUGUAGACAAGAGCAAAGAAAAGAUUGGCCAAUGGAAUUCAGACAAACUCCCGAUCUACGAGCCCGGUCUGUACGAGGUGGUGAAGAUCUGCCGCGGGCAGAACUUAUUCUUCUCCACUGACAUGGACACCGCGAUCAAGGAGGCAGAUCUGAUAUUCAUUUCCGUGAACACGCCGACGAAGACGUUCGGUAACGGGAAAGGAAGGGCGGCAGAUUUAAAGUAUGUCGAGAGCGCGGCCAGAAUGAUCGCAGAAAUUGCGACCGGGGACAAAAUCGUUGUCGAGAAGAGUACUGUGCCGGUCAGAGCGGCUGAGAGCAUUAUGAACAUUCUGCGGGCUAAUCACAAGCCGGGCGUUUCGUAUCAGAUUCUGUCGAACCCAGAAUUUUUAGCGGAAGGGACCGCGAUCGAGGACCUGAUGAACGCGGAUCGCGUUUUAAUCGGCGGCGAAGAUUCCGCAGAAGGUCAAGCUGCCAUGGAAGAAUUGUGCAAGGUCUACGAGCAUUGGAUCCCACGGAAAAACAUAUUAACGACGAACACGUGGAGCUCAGAGCUCUCGAAGCUGGCCGCCAAUGCCUUCUUGGCACAGCGUAUAUCCAGCAUCAAUUCUCUGUCGGCGGUGUGCGAGGCGACUGGUGCGGACGUCUCCGAAGUGGCUCGGGCGGUCGGCCUUGACUCCCGAAUAGGAUCGAAGUUCCUUCACGCAUCGGUGGGGUUCGGAGGCUCCUGCUUCCAAAAGGACAUAUUGAAUUUGGUGUACAUAUGCGAGUGCCUAAACCUGCCCGAAGUGGCUGCCUACUGGCAACAGGUCAUAGACAUGAAUGAAUACCAGAAGUCAAGGUUCACCGUGAAAGUGAUCGAGUCGCUGUUCAACACCGUUACGGACAAACGGAUCUCUAUGCUAGGGUUCGCCUUCAAGAAGAACACCGGCGACACGCGUGAGUCACCGGCCAUUCAUGUCGCGAAGACUUUGCUCGACGAGGGUGCAAUGCUUCACAUAUACGAUCCCAAGGUGGAGGAAAGUCAAAUUAUCGAAGAUCUAACACAUCCAAGUGUAACAAGUGAUCCUGAGAAUAUAAAAAGUAGGAUCAAUAUUUACAAAGACGCUUAUAGCGCUACAAAAGACACGCACGCUAUUGUUGUCUGCACAGAAUGGGAUGAAUUUAUAGAAUUGGAUUAUAAACAAAUCUAUUUUAAUAUGAUGAAACCAGCAUACAUUUUCGAUGGACGGAAAAUUUUAGACCAUGAUAUGUUGCAAGAGAUUGGAUUUAUUGUUCAAACUAUUGGAAAGAGGAUUACAAAAAUGGCGAUGUCGAGGACUUGGGGAAGUCAAACUCAAAUGUAGAUGAAGUUGCGCGAAAGGUUAUAAAAAAUUUAAAUUUUAUAAUUCAACGAAUUCUCGUUUCAGUAACAAUUACGCGAAUGUUUUACUUUUAAAACUUGGUAAAUAUAUAAUAUACUCUACGUUGCCUCUACACGAAGUAGUUACCCAAGCGGCAAUAAUUGUAUAAAAUAUUUUUUUAUUUAAUAAGUUCGUGAGAAUUUAAAAUUUACAAGGUUUUCAGAGUAAAACAUUUGCAUUAGGACCGAAGAAUUGUGGAACAAGAAUAAUUAAGCGAAAGUUAAUUAGUUCGUAAUGUUAAUGAUCAGGGACAAAUACGUUUUAUCGACGUAUACAAUAACGCGCAACGGAAGCAGCGUCAUACAUUUGUAUAAAUUUUUUUCAGAAUUUGGUAGAGCGGAAUAAAAUAAUUUCCCCUUUAUUUUAAUUGGAACAAUACAAAUUGUAACAUUAUUUGUAACUCUCUAUUAAAAGUAUGUUGCAAUUUCUAUUGUAAACUUGUCGAUCAUGGGCAUUUACACGGUGAAAUGAAAUAGUAUUGAAAAGAAAACAAAAUUUUAAAAAUUUGUUCUGCUGUGCAAUAUUGUGUACAUGCCAAAACCUUCACAAUCAUAACACCCAAAAUACAGUACAUUCCUGCAAAAUUGUACUUGUUUAGAAAUAUUUUCAUUUUAUUUAUCAAAUACUGCGAUAGGUAGUUUCAAGUUUUAUAUAUGUUAUUAUUGUAAUUAAAAUAUUUUAUAUCAAUAAUUCUUCUCUCGCAUCUUGCGAGAAAUUUCAUAUAAGGUUCCACUAAGAUAUGCGAACCUUUUUAGAUAAUAUUUUUACACAUUUGAAUGAUUCCUAUGAAAUGGUUCCGCCAUUUUUUAUAAUGCGACGAAAUUAUUACUAAAGUGACUCAUUGUUCAGCGAUGGAAAACACUUUAGUGUUUAAAGUAUUAUAUUUUUCUUUAUAAGAAUAGUAUUAAGGACGAAAUGAUAAACAUAGCAAUAAUGUAAUUGUUAUCAUUGAAAAUUGUUAACGAAAACAGUUUUAUGGAACUAAACGAAUGAUUAUAUUAUUCAUAGAAAUUUUACGAAUAUUAAUUCGUAUGAUUAUUAAUCUCAUUUUACCAAGUUCACGAAAUUGUUACAAAUUACAUCCGACCCUACAUUUAUUUCAUACAAUGUAUCUUUAAUUUUGCGGUUAUGUGCGCAUAAAAUUUAUAAAUAAAUGUUGAUAUAAAUUACAUAAAAUACAACAUUUACUUCUAUUCCAUUCCCUGCCCUCCGUGUACGAACACGAAAGUAUAUGUUCUAUAAUUUCAGACAAUAUAUCCUACAUUAGAAACGUUCUACAAAAACAAAUUCUGGGAAAUACAAAUAAAUCAAUACCAGCGUUACUCU